CUCAAACUCAUGUCUUCUGUUGAGGAGAAAUUAGGAGAUUAAAAAUAACAAGAUGGCUUCCGUGGAGCUUUCACAAGUUUAUGUGCCUGUAGCGAAUUACUGUGUCCAGAUGAUGAACUCUCUUAACGAGUUCCGGAAACACAAUAUCUUGUGCGAAGUAGUGAUUGUGGUUAAUGGAAAACAAUUUUUCGCUCAUCGGAAUGUUUUGGCGGCGAGUAGUCCCUAUUUCCGGGAGAUGUUUUCGAGUAACAUGCGUGAGCAUUUGGAAAACAAGCCAGUGAUUCUGGAAAACAUCACUGCAGAAAUAAUGGAAGAGUUGUUAAAUUUUAUCUACACCGGAAGCAUCAAGAUUACUCCCUUUAACGUCAAGGAUUUUGUUUCCGCUUCAAAUUAUCUCUUGAUGACGAACUUGAAGGAAACUUGUAUAUCAUUUAUGAAAGCCAUGUUAAAUCCCUCGAAUUGCCUGGGUAUCGAAGCAGCUGCAUUUAAAUUCAAUUGUACUGCUCUACGAAGCACAGCUAGUCAAUACGUUUACGAUAAUUUUGUGGCUGUCUCGCAAACGGAUGAAUUUAAGUUGCUCUCUGCCGACCGCUUGGCAGAAUAUCUCGGCAGUGAUGACAUUCGAGUCGAACGCGAAGAACAAGUAUUCGAAUGUCUGAUGCAAUGGAUAAACAAUGAUAUAGAAGUUCGUAGAGGCUUUUUUAAAAUACUUUCACAACAUGUUCGUUUUCCGCUCAUGUCUCCCUAUUACUUAGCUGAUCAUGUUGAAACUGAAGAGAUCGUACUUUCAUCUCCGGAAUGCACAUCGUUGAUUCUAGAAGCAAAGAACUACCACAUGCUUCCAGAUCGCAGACACCUGAUCAAAGGUUCUAGAACCAAACCUAGACGAUCUAUGGGGGUAAUUUCUGUUAUAUUUGCUGCCGGAGGAAUUCAAGGAUCGACAGUAAUGAGGGACACUUUUGGGUUUUUCCCUGCAGCAAAUAGAUGGAGUCCUUUAGCGCACAUGAUCAUCGCGCGAUGUAGACACGGAUUAGCAGUUACUGGAGACAUGGUAUAUGCCGUGGGUGGUCAGUCACGAGAAGGUGCUGCCCAGAGUUCUCUGAACUCAGUGGAAAGAUAUGAUCCAAGAACAAACACAUGGACAAUGGUUGCACCCAUGAAUAUGAGGCGCAGUCUGCUCAAUGUUGCAGUACUUGACGGAAAUAUGUAUGCUGUGGGUGGCUGUGAUGAGAGUAACUUCCGACUCAACAGUGUGGAACGUUACCACCCAGCAACAAACACUUGGUCAUUUACAGCACCCAUGACCACUUGUCGCAGCAGUCCGUGUGUGUUGACAUGCCGUGUACUGUAUGUGAUUGGUGGAGUAAGCUAUGUUGGAAUGUCACUUAACACUGGAGAGUAUCUUGACCCCAUGACAAACACGUGGAGGGCAAUUGCCCCCAUGCAUUACAAGCGAGCGAGCGCAUCAGGAGCAGCAACAAAUGGAAAGAUCUACAUCAUUGGUGGCUGGGACGGUUCUGUUCACCUGAAUAGUGGUGAGGUGUAUGACCCUGAUAUAGACCAGUGGUCCUUGAUUGAACCUGCUAGCACUGCCAGAUGGGAUGCUGGGAUAGCUGUAGAGAGUGACAAAAUCUUCAUUGUUGGGGGAUGUGACAGGAAUGCACUUUGCACUUUGGAAACAGAGUGCUAUGACCCUGAGAAAGAUAAAUGGAGUAAGGUGGCAUCCCUGCCAGUUGCAACACAUGGAAUUAAGUGUUGUACCAUCCAGCUUCCACAUAAAUUUGCAUAGCUAUCUCAGUAUGUGCAGUCUGUCACUCAAUCCUGUAACUUGUAAGAUCUGAUUAGUAUUUUAUUUCUCCUUCCUGGCAGCUGUAUGCUUCCUGGUAAAUUUUUUAAGGGAAUUUGACAUUGUAUCAAGAUGGUACUUUUGCAAACAAAAAGGUUAAAAACUACACAAGGCAUGUACAGAAGUAGGUGUACAUGAAGGAUAUGAUAUAUUUCACUGAGGCAAAUUGUUAUCUCAGCAAUGACAAUGGUUGAUUGGCCAGCAGAAAAUGCAUAACUAUGUUGUAUAUUCAGGUGAGGGUAGGCAAGUGGUUGUUACGUGCUAAGGAAGGGGCCCCUCUGGACACUUAUCUCCUCCUUGCCCCCCUUUCUACUCUGGCCUCACAAUUAGCUCUGUUCCCCCACAAUUAAAAAUGUACCUCUUCUGCUACAACAUAUGCACUUGUGUGAAAAUUGAACAAUAAUAACCUGAGACUUGGUUCUCAACCCUGAUUGGAUAGAUUUGAUACCAUUAACCUAUGGAGUUUAAAUGUUAGCUAUGAAUAACAGUUGUUUGUGGGACACAAGUUGUUGAUACUCAUUUUAUUAUGGGGUGUCCAAUUUACUGAAAAUUGAUGUAGCAUGUUGAUUUGGAACACGUCUGAUAUUUGUAGCUCCAUAGAAAUGUUAUUUACUAGAGAUGUUUGGAGUCUUUUGCAAACAGCAUAACCAAAGGCAUAGCCAGCCUAUAGGCCGGCAGGCCCAGGCUUUCAUUUUUCUGUCUGCUUGCUUGAGUUUUGUAAUUUGACUCUUUCAAAUAUUGAGAAAAAAAUUGAACUUUCUCAGGAACUGGCUUACAAUGUACAAGUUAAAAAGCUGGCUACACCCUUUAUAACUGUGUAAGGGAGAAUGGUUUUAAUUUUAUUUCCAUUAGAGAAGAAAAGAAUUAUUGCAGGUUGUUUUAUGAAGGAAGCCCAAGUAAAAAUUUAAGCAUAUUGUGCUUUUUCCAAUGGUGAACAGCAAAUUUUAAGUGCUGACACAUAAGAAAUUAAGGCACCUCUACAGGAUCCUUUUAAUUUUGUCAUUCCUCACUCAUUUUUAAAACUUCCUUUCCCCCAAGCAGUUUACUUCAAUGGAAAGGUUUGAUAGAUAAAACUCAAUGUUGUAUUUAGGGUGGGAAGCAGGGAUGGAAGGGGAAAAGGAAUUCCACUUCAACCAGAUAAGGAAAAAAAAAUGUGAGUUAACCCUUUAACUCCCAUAAGUGACCAAGACAGAAUUUCUCCUCACAAUAUCAAUACAAUAUCAAGCAGACAAGUGAUGAGAAUAAAGACAAAUGUUAAUUAGGGGAUGAUUGUACAUCCAAUACCGAAUUCCCCAAACUAAUAUCACAAGAACUGUAUAGCAGACAGUAAGGAGAAUUGCUAAUGAGAUCUUGGGAGUUAAAGGGUUGAGACUUUUAAAACUCAAUGUUGACCAUGAAGUUCAUAAUUUCUGGAAUAACAUAAUUU